UAUAGCUCUACUUUUCAGUCCUGAGUGACACACCCGCUUCGAUAGAUUUCACUAGCUCUCCAUACCAAACCAAAUCAUACCCUUUUCGAUUUUCCUGCCACCUUCCCAUUUAUAUGGUGCAGCCCUGCUACCCUUCUCUCCAUCCUUCACUUGAGUACUAGCCUCUUUCCUCUAUCGCCUUGGCCUCUCACUCUUUCUUGGCUUACUUAGAGAUACAGAAGAGAAAAAAAUGGGUGACAUUUCUUGCUCUAAUGGCAUUAGCAGUGGCAAUGGUGUGAAUGGCAAAAGCCAUUCAUCACUGAAUGGUUAUAGGAAGAGCUGUUGGUAUGAAGAAGAGAUUGAAGAGAACUUGAGAUGGUGUUUUGCUCUCAAUAGUAUUCUGCACACAGGGGCCUCUCGAUAUCAGGACAUUGCACUAUUGGACACAAAGCCGUUUGGCAAGGCUUUAGUCAUUGAUGGAAAGCUGCAAAGUGCAGAAGUGGAUGAAUUUAUCUACCAUGAAUCUCUUGUUCAUCCAGCAUUUCUUCAUCAUUCAAGUCCAAAGACAGUCUUUAUCAUGGGAGGAGGUGAAGGUUCCACUGCAAGAGAAAUACUAAGACACAAGACAGUGGAGAAGGUUGUCAUGUGUGACAUUGAUGAGGAGGUGGUAAACUUCUGCAAGGCAUACUUGGCUGUGAAUAGAGAAGCUUUCUGUGAUCCAAGACUUGAGGUCAUCAUCAACGAUGCCAGAGCUGAGCUAGAAAUUGGAAAGGAGUGCUAUGACGUGAUAAUAGGAGACCUGGCAGACCCAAUAGAGGGAGGUCCAUGUUACAAACUCUACACUAAGUCCUUUUAUGAGCACACCGUUAAGCCCAGACUCAAUCAAGGUGGCAUAUUUAUCACACAGGCAGGGCCAGCUGGAAUUUUCAGCCAUACAGAAGUGUUUUCAUGCAUCUACAACACUUUAAGGCAGGUGUUCAAAUAUGUGGUGCCUUACUCAGCUCAUAUCCCUUCCUAUGCUGAUACCUGGGGAUGGGUCAUGGCUUCAGAUUCUCCAUUUAUGCUGAGUGCUGAUGAGUUAGACACCAGAAUUAAACAGAGGAUUGAAGGGGAAAACAGGUAUCUUGAUGGUAAAACAUUUUCAUCAGCCUCGACAUUGAGCAAAGCUGUUCGAAAAUCGCUUGACACCGAAACUCAUGUCUACACAGAAGGAGCAGCCCGGUUCAUUUAUGGGCAUGGCAGCGUCCACAAACAGAAUCAAGCUAAAUUAAUAAGAAAUGGAUUAAUGGAAGAAGCGCCUACCAAAAGCACAAAGUGAAUUAAGAAUGGAAGCAGCACAUGUUUUUGAAAAUUUACUCUUGUUCUGUUAAUUAUAUGUUUUUCUUUUUCAUCUACUAAGUCGUGUAUGUUUUUUUUUUUUUUUUUUUUAACUCUUGCUUUUGUAGUUACCUAAUGAAAUGAUUAUAUAAUCGUAACGGGUGGAUCUUUGCUUUUA